CAGCUCACCUCUUACAAAUCAUGAAUAGCAUUAAAGCCGUGAUAGUGUGUUACCUCAUGGUGGCCGUGUCCGCUGGAGUGGACCGAAGUAAUGGUGGACGAGGAUCCAACAGAUUCCUUUCUGGAGGCUUCGGUGGCGUCCACGGAGGCGGUCUGUUCGGCGGCGGUAUUCAUGGUGGUGGAAUCCACGGUGGUAGUGGUAUUAUCGGCGGUGGAGUCUCCACUGGUCCAAGCCAAUGCAGAUAUUGGUGCAAGACUCCAGAAGGUCAGGCCUACUGCUGCGAGACGGUGCAUGAACCAGAGACACCUGUUGGUACCAAGCCACUGGAUUGCCCACAAGUCCGUCCCACAUGCCCACGUUUCCAUGGGCCUCCCAAUACCUGUUCCAACGACUACAAGUGUGCUGACCUCGAUAAGUGUUGCUUCGACAGAUGUUUGGGAGAACACGUGUGCAAACCUCCGUCAUUUUUUAAUAAUCAUCUCCCCUUUUAAAGGUGGUUAUUCUAAUAAUUCAUCUUUUUUCGGUUGAUAACAAAACAUAGGAAAUCUGUGAUAUGUAUUUAUUAUUGAAUAAUAAAUCCUUAUAUGUUUAUACU